UUUAGUGCUUUUUAUUCUCUUGUAUCCAAACACAAUUUUGAACUGCAUUAUGGUGUGGAUGUGUUAGAACGGUAUAAAUGGAACAAAGUGUAACUUGGCUGGAAAAAUGAUAAAAACUAUGUCCUACCAAACAUGUAAACACACAUGGCUCAUCACCUUGAAACUUCAAGCAGAAAAAGUAUUGUACAUUGUGUAUUUCAGCUACCAUUCAGGAUGUUUGUUGAUGACAAAUCACAGACAUAGUCUUGACUUUGAUUUUAAGUGGUUCCUGUAUGGUUUGUAAAGCUCUUGUGUUCAUGACAACCGUACAGAGCGCUUGGCUUAUCAGAGAGGGGAGACACGACGGGUUAAGGCAGAGACUUUUAUGGCUGGGUGUCGGCGCGUGUGCGUGUACACAGGAGUUAGGGUGGCAGCACGGGCUCAGGAAAGACCAUAGGCACACCAGGACCAGACGACGACACAUCAGGUUAUCUCAGACAAGGAAGAUAGCAUGACUGGCAACAGAUCAAAGAAGACCAAGAUUUCUUCGUCCCCUUCAUUCUUGGACAAGGCAGGCGGAUUCUAUGGACGUCUAGAUGAGACAGAGGUUGAUGGAGGAAAGUCAGAAACAACAAAACAAGGAAUGUCACCUGGGCCGACAAAACGGGAACCUGAUGUUUUUCACUUUAACGAAGGCAUGAUGGAGGACGAUGGGACCACCACCCUGCUGAGAAGAAAACCUAGUCGAUGGAGCAGACGAAGCUCCAGGAAGGUCAAAGCAGACAAAGGCUCCCCAGGGAAGAACAUCCAGAGUGUGGGCACGGAUUCCGAUACAACCCCUGGAUGUGGCACAUCGUCUGAAACCCAGACCGUGGGACUCCCAGUUGUCCAGGAGCCUGAACCCACUUUAAUUCACUUCUCUAUUCGGGAGGAGGCCGAUGACCAUUCUCUCAUACAGGGACACAACUGUGAGGUAGAAGUAAAAGAGAGGAAGAAAGGAAAGGAGGAGAACCGGGAAGAGAAGAACGGAGGAGAGCAGAUGAAGAUGGCAAAGAGAAGCACACUGAAGCUCUACCGUAAGGCAAUAGACAGGGCCUUCCGACGAGGAUGGGAGACCUUCGUCACCAGUCUGUACAGUGUGUCUCUGACCCCUGUAACGUCUACACCACCAUCAUCAUCAUCAUCUGGAAAAGCUAAAAAAAGCAAUGGAUCAGUCCUAAUGGAUUACAGAUAGAUCAUCUGACCAGCUUGGACAUUUAGAACACACUGUUCUGUUAGGGGUCAAGGUUCACCUUGUAAAAUGUAGAUACUGUGUUCUGACGUGUUCAUGUAGGCUAUACUAAUUUGAAUUGCACCAUGUAAACUUAAAUUGACCUAAUUUUAGGAAGGUUACUAAUUCUGUAACCUGAGAGUGAGGUCAAAUUACCUUAAAGAGGGCAUGGCAAUUAUGACGCAACAUUUAUUGUACUGGUGUGAGCCUAUGUCAUGUAAUCAUAUGAACAUUUCGUAGUUAAAUUAUAACUAGCAUGUUGAAAUUUUCGCAAGGUUUGAUCAUACUUUAGUUUAUUUGUCUCACUCUAUAAUAUUUAUUGUCCAACUAUUUAAAACAUGUCUACAUUUUGUGCUCAUACUCUCACUUUUGGCCAUGACAUCUUGGAAAGGGCACUGCCUGGAAGAGCUGAAGGGAGAGAUAUUCACAUGAGGACAAAUUGCUACAUUUGGAGAAUUGUGUACGAACAUUAGGUUCUAAAAUAUUUGUUAUAUAUGUGUUAUGGCUUUUUUUUGUCUUAAGUCACUGAUAUGUUGUUUAUAUUAUUUACAAUGAAGUUGCAGUCUUCAAUAAAACGAACUCAAACUAAA